GUACCAUAGUUGAACUAGAUGUACCGAAGAACAACGAACCACUCACGGCUUUCUCAAUCUAAACGAGCAUCACGCGAAAGACGGGUUGUCAAAUGAGAUAAACUACGAAUAGGUAAUCGGCGGUUUUGUUCGGUACGACAUGCAACACACUGUUCGUCGCUUCGCGAACGUGUUUAAUCUUACCUUUUCUUGACCCAUUCGCAUUCCAUCAAAUUAUUAUAUAUUCUAUCCUAUCCCGAUCAACUUUUCCACACAAUUUCACUCUCGCUCUCGCAACGAAUCUGCAUUCUGAACCUCGUCCAUCCCAACCUCGGUCGCACUACCGGCUGGUACACCCCCAAAUACCUCCACACAGUUCUUCACGUACCAGGCCUCUUCUCAAAGGCAGAAAAGACUAGCAUAUUCUCAGCAUGUCUAUCCUUCAAAUGCCUACCGAGCUCGUCGAGGCCGUCGCACAAUACCUGUGCGACCCAGAUCUCCUCGAAUUCCGUUCGACUUGCAGAUUUGCUGACUCGAACACUUCGCGCGCUGUGGGUCGUCGCUUCUUCUCCACGUUGAAUACUACUCUGAUCAGUUCCGAUAUCGAUCGUCUAGAAACGAUUUCCCAAAGUGGCCGGUUAGCCAGAUAUGUUAAGACAAUCCAAAUCAAAGACGACGGGGCGAAUAUCAGAGAGCAUCUUCUUCGCACCACUCCGCCUCCAGAAGAGGCAAUACCGAAAGGAUGGAAACUUCGUGAACAAAAAAUCCGGAAGAUGAGAAGAGAAUGUCGCAGUUGGCCCCGCGAAAAGCCUGCGACCCUGGACUCAGACAUGAUAGCCGUUAGCAAGAUACAGACCAUACUCCAGAAGAAUCGAUUUCUGUUAGAUGCUCUGAUCAUCCGAGGCGUCUACGAAAGCUUUGGUGCAGAUAAAGAAGCUACCAUCGCACUCGCUCUAGAGACUGUCUCAACUGCAAACCUUGGAAUUACUUCGCUUCGGGUCGAGACUAUGACAAUGUGGGUCACAAAGGUAACAUUCCGUUUCGACCAGAGAAACCAGAACCAGAAAGCGGGUUUCAGCAUACUUCGAGAGGCGCAUGUGGAGAUGGAAAAUGGUCCCGCGUCGAUUUACCUGCUGAAUCAGCUCCUUUACCACGCACCAGUGUUGGGAGAUCUAACACUAGAGGGUCUUGACGCAAGAGGGAGAUGCGCAAUGGUUCCAUUCGAUACAUACGUAAAGCGAGGAGUACCUUUGGUGAAGCUCAAGAGACUACGCCUGGCAAGAUCGAGUUUUCCAGCAGGUUUUAUCCAAGAGAUUCUUUGCAACUCCAGACACACUCUGCAAGAGAUAGAAUUAGUAACUGUCCGUUUGGACUAUGCCACUGGGUUGGCGUGGAAGAAGCUCCUGUUAUACAUUGGAAAAGACUUUCCUGCUUUGAGUCAUUUUAAACUCUCGACUCUUAAACAUAUGGGUCGAACGUUACUAGACUCUUCGGAUAUACCCGAGAUGCUUGAGGCAACGUGUGAGGGGGAACUUGGAGUCUAUAGCCUGUACCAUGGGCAUGUCGAGUUCCGAGGGUCCAAUGCUUCUCAUGCUCUCCAGAUUGUAGCAUCCCAUCUGAAGACAUCAGGAUAAGCAAUAGCAUAAUAGAACAAUCGAGGGGAAAGUGUCGCAAUGUCAUUCUCUCUUGUCGCUUUCGCCCGUUACGUCGAAGGACAUGAUACCUCAAUGAAGUCCCAGACUAUUCCUCCAGAAUCCCAUUUAACAAUCUUUACUUUUUGUUCCGCACCGUUCUCUGUCUCUUGUGUUUGUACCCC